AGCUGACAGACGGUGAAAAUCCUCUUGCAGAAUAUCUGUCGGUGCGAAAAGAGGAGCCUCGUCUGUAGGUUCAUGAACUGAGCUUAUAUCCGGUGCUUUGGCGUACUUCUUUACAGCCUGUGGUUGACACUGGAAGGCGUCUUUCUUCCUUCUUUUUAAAAAUAACAAAAUAUUUACGUCGCAUCCAGACCUGGAAGCUGAGGGUCAUUUGCUUCGAGCUAACUUGACUUCCACAGUUGGACGCGUCGCCGCCGCCGCUCCUGCUGCACAUGUUUAAUUUAACGUUAACGGUUUGACUCCAGCCCUUCCAGCCGUGCCCAAUGCUGAGGAAUGGAUAGAGUGUGCGCCAGUGGAGGGAAGAUGGUCGAGAGCGACGAACAGCCGGAUAGCGGCGGUGCAGCCAUGGCCGCGCUCCAUCAAUGCGAACUCAUCCAGAAUAUGAUUGAUAUCUCCAUCUCCAGUUUACAGGGGCUACGGACCAAAUGCGCCGCCACCAACGACCUGACGCAACACGAAAUACGCACUCUAGAGGUGAAGCUGAUGAAAUACAUCUGUAAACAGUUGCAGUGCAAGCAGAAAGUGCCGGAGACGGAGAGGCCAGAGGCCCUGGACAGCUACCCUCGCUUAGGAGACUGGCUCCGCACCAUCAACCUGCGACCAGAACUCAUCGAGGCUGUGCAAGUGAAGCUGUCCCUGGAUGCCUUACUGCAGAUGACAUGUGCUCAGAUGCGCGACACGAUGAGAAGACUCAGGUUCAAUUCAGAAGAGUGCGCCAGACUUGGUGCUGCCCUCUCCUGUCUGAAGAAUGCAACGGAAUCAGAAGGUGAGAUAAGAGAAGACAGCAGUGCCUGGUUGUUCGAGCCCAGCCGCAGGGACAGCAGCUCUCUCCAGACUGCAGAUCAGCUGACCGGCAUGGGGACUCCACUUCGCCCUCACAGCCCUUCACCUCUAACCCGCCCAUCCUCUAUCCAUUCCACCCCCUCCACCCCCUCUGCUACUUUCCCUCAUCCUCGCUCCAGCUCAGUGUCAGCUGCACCCACUCCAGAGGCGCAGGUGUCACACCUCCACAAUGAAAGUCCCCUGUCAGAUCCCUUCCCUGUGUCCUUGGUCCGCGCAGCUCGGCGCCACGGACACACUUCAACUCCACCCAUAACUCCGCCCUCCAAGAGACGUCACCGGCUGAAACCUCCCUGCACACCGCCACCCCCAUCCCGGAAAGUGCUGCACCUUCUCCCCAACAUCACACUAACCCGAAGCAAAAGCCACGAGUCCCAGCUGGGCAACCGCAUCGAGGACCUGCCCACCAACAAGUGUGUGAAAAAGAAUAAGUUGUUCUUGAAUAUGCAAAUCAAUGGAAAUGGAUGUGAGGACUCGCCUUCUCGCUACCCUGUUAAUAUUGCGCGCACCCCUGGAGUCACCCCAUCUGCCACCCCAUCUGCCACCACAGCACCCUACACCCUUCCAGGAACACCCACCCUACUGGAAGAGCGCAACAGCAUCAAGAAUAAUGUAGCAGUUCAUCGCAGCUCCCCACAAGCAGUGAGGAGGGACAUUGGCCUAGCAGUCACACACAGAUUUUCUACUAAAUCCUGGCUGUCGCAGACGUGUCAGGUGUGCCAGAAGAACAUGAUGUUUGGGGUGAAGUGCAAACACUGUCGGUUAAAGUGUCACAACAAAUGCACAAAGGAAGCUCCAUCCUGCAGAAUUUCAUUUUUGCCAAUUGCCAAAAUCCGGCGGACAGAGUCUGUUCCAUCUGAUAUAAAUAACCCUGUGGAUCGGCCACCAGAGGCACCGCAGUUUGGCACAUUACCAAAAGCCCUCACCAAAAAGGAUUAUCCUCCAGUUCUGAACCAGCUGGACUCCAGCAGUAACCCAUCCUCCACCACCUCAUCCACGCCUUCUUCUCCCGCGCCCUUCCAGCAGAGCAACCCCCCCAGCGCCACUCCACCGCCCAACCCUUCACCCAAAGGCCAUCGGGACAACCGCUUCAACUUCCCAGCUGCCUGUUACUUUCAGCAUAGACAGCAGUUUAUCUUCCCUGAUAUCGCCAGUCCCGCUUUUCAUUCUGAUGUCCUCCAAGACACUGUCAAUGAGAUCGAACACUCGAGUGAUGACAUACACGCUGAUUUGGUUGAGGAUGAAGAUGAAGAGGAAGGCGAGGAGGAACUUGAGCAUGAAGACGAAGAUCCAGAAGUGAAGGAGGAUAAUGAGGAAGAAGAGGAGGAUGAAGGAGAAUAUGAGGAUGAAGGGGAGGAGAUGAGGAUGAAUUUGGGGUCAGAAGGUGAAUGCGAAGGUGAUGAUCUGGACGAUCUACCCAGCUGCCGGGGAAACCAGUGGAAGGGCCCCAUAUCCCGUAAGGCAAGUCAGACCAGCGUUUAUCUGCAGGAGUGGGACAUCCCCUUUGAGCAGCUUGACCUUGGAGAACUCAUCGGAAAGGGUCGCUGGGGCAGAGUGCACAAGGGCCGGUGGCACGGUGAGGUCGCCAUCCGUCUUCUAGAGAUCGACGGAAACAACCAGGACCACCUGAAGCUUUUUAAGAAAGAGGUAAUGAACUACAGACAGACCAGGCACGAGAACGUAGUUCUCUUCAUGGGCGCCUGCAUGGCUCCACCCCACCUCGCCAUCAUCACCAGUUUCUGUAAAGGAAGGACUCUGUAUUCAGUUGUAAGAGACACUAAAAACACUCUGGACAUUAACAAAACAAGACAAAUUGCUCAGGAGAUAGUGAAGGGAAUGGGCUACCUGCACGCAAAAGGCAUCGUCCACAAAGACUUGAAGUCAAAGAAUGUGUUUCAUGACACCAAUAAAGUUGUGAUCACAGACUUUGGGCUGUUCGGGAUCUCAGGAGUUGUCCAGGAGGGGAGGCGUGAGAACAAACUCAAACUUCCACAUGGUUGGAUUUGCUAUCUCGCACCAGAAAUUGUGCGCAAGAUGAGCCCAGGUAGCAAUGAGGACCGCCUUCCUUUCUCCAAUGCAGCAGACGUCUAUGCCUUCGGCACCAUUUGGUAUGAGCUCCAAGCUCGCGACUGGCCAAUCACCAACCAGCCUGUGGAGGCUAUCAUCUGGCAGGUGGGGAGCGGCGAGGGCAUUAAGAAGCUGUUAGCCGAGAUCAGCCUCGGCAAGGAAGUCACUGAGAUCCUUUCUGCCUGCUGGGCAUACGACCUGAGGGAGAGGCCCACCUUCACCCAGCUUGCUGACAUGCUGGAGAAGCUUCCAAAACUCAACCGCAGGCUCUCUCAUCCCGGGCACUUCUGGAAGUCUGCAGAGUUGUAGCAGUCACUCUGAAACAUAAGCAAUGCAAAACAAAGCCUGUGUCUGCCUUGCAUGCUCCUGAAUCCUUAACAUACAGGAUUGAUCAAAGCAUUGCCGCUGCCUGAAACAGACACUGCUUCCACUAAUCCACAGUCUGAUCUUCCAUGUCUAACGUUGCGUUUUCUCACUGGGGAGAGGCGACCGGCAGAACGGCAAGAGGGAUGCGGAUGCCUGCCCUUUCACGCUUUAGCUCUCUGCAACUGAUAUCUCUCUUUGCCUUUUUUUUUUUUUUUUCGUUUUUUGCUGUGUGACGUUCUUCUGGACUCUGAGACUUGUGAAUAACUUGGCUUGUGGUGUCUGCACUGCAGUCUGUGCCCUGCUCUCGGAACACUCACCCUCUCUGUGAUGCUGCUACUGCUGCAGUGUGGUUGUUCUCGCUGGCACCCUGACCACAUAGAUCU